AUGUAUACAGUGUUCGCCCCGAAGGUGUUGCGGCCAAACACUGAUUACCACAUCAGUGUCUCACUGUAUGACUUCCCGGCGCCCAUCGAAGUAUAUGCCAGUGUUGUCGGUCCGGCACACAGUGUCAGCACCGGAGCCGUUACUGUAGGUACGGCUGAGACCAAAGUGUUAACCCUAGCGAUCGGCAAUUGGCCCGAAGGCCACUAUAAGGUGCAGGUGAUGGGGAAGGGCGCACAACAGCCUGGUGAUAUUCGACGGAAUCCCUGGGAUAGAGAGAGACCAACUGUUGCCAUAACAACGGACGGAUUUCUAAAUGAAUUACCGCUUAAUUAUGUGGCGAAAAGUGUGUCGGUAUUCAUACAGACAGACAAAAACACGUAUAAACCCGGACAGAAAGUACAGUUCAGGGCCGUUGUGGUCAACCCAUCACUAAUUCCCAAAGACAACAUUCCUAUUGAUAUAUAUAUUGAGGACGGUAACGGAAAGCGUGUCAUUGAAUGGACAAAAUUGUACGCAACAAACGGUGUCAUUGCUAAUGAGCUGCAACUGUCGGCACAGCCAGUGUUGGGCCACUGGACUAUAGGUGUGACGGCUUUGAGACACAACACCACAAAGAAAUUCACUGUCGCCGACCAUAUGUUUCCCACGACUAACGUAGAGAUAGUGUUGCCAACAUAUGUGACCGUAAAUCAGUCACAAGUGGUGGCACUCGUAAAGGCAUUUGAUUCCAAUGGGAAGGCUGUUGAGGGAGAGCUCAGUCUUUUUGUUCGGACCAUAAUUAAUGCCGUCCCGAGUAAAUUUUUUGCAAAGGCUAAGAUUUACGGAAGCGUUACAAUACCCGUCGAUUUUAAAGUCCACGAUCAUCGCUAUCCUGACUCUAAAAAUAGAAUAGAAUUUACGGCACGAGUGACAGAAACAGUGACCCGAAAGCAGUUCAACGGAUUCAAUACAGUGAAGGUAUCCGAAACGGAUGUUAGCAUAGAUAUGGUUAAGCCGUCCGAGACAUGCAAACCGGGGCUGAAAAACACGGUUCUCCUAAAAGUGGUCACACAAGACGGCAAACCAGUGCCCGAUAGCGGACCGCAACUCAAACUCAAAUACGGCUAUUCAUCGGAUGAGAGUGAAUGGAGAGACAGUCCGUUACUGUUGUCGCCAACCAAUGGAUUCAUUAAGUUUGAUGUUAUUCCACCCAAAGACACUUUUAUGAUGGUAGUUAAACCCGAAUAUAUGGGACUAACCCAUGAUUUAAAAAUUACAAUAGCUAGGACUCGGUGCAAGCACUAUAUGAAAGUUAUCCGUACGGACACAACCACUAUCACUGUCGGACAAGACGUAAAAUUCAUGGUGACUGCGACCGAACCUAUCGUACGAUUGGUGUGCGAAGUUUGGGGAAAGGGAGACAUAGUGUGGGCUAAGAGUUUUGACAUUCAGACCAAUAUUCAUACCGGGUAUGAGUUCAGUGUCGCGACUGUCAAUCAAAUGGCGCCGUCGGCUCGGGUUCUGUGCCAUUACGUGCGGCCCGACGACCGGGAAGUGGUGGCCGACGUUCUCGACUUUGAUGUGGAGCCAGUGUUUUGGAUUCCCAUUAGUCUCAAGGAUGUGGUGAACGAACUGAAGACCUACGACACGACUGCCCGCGACCGCCCGUUUGAUUUUCGUUCGUAUUGGUCCGCAACCGGUGACACGUUUGACGAUUUAGGUGUCGGAGUGAUGCACAACGGGUUCAUAGAUAAGGCACCAGAAAUUGUACCAUAUUAA